AUGGCUCUGGCCUGGAUUAACACUGAACCAAACACACUUAAAACAUUUGUCGCAAAUCGAGUAACUGAAAUUCAAUCUCUCACACAGCCUCAUAAAUGGCUACAUGUUCCCACUCAGGAUAAUCCAGCAGAUUUGAUUUCACGUGGUCAGAGUACGCAAGAUUUUUUAGAGUCAAGCCUAUGGAAAAAUGGUCCAUUAUGGCUCAGUCAGGACUCUGAUAUGUGGCCACAAUUCCCACUCAUCAAAACUGAUGUGCUAGAAAAAGGACCCAUAAGAACAACGAUCGUAUCAUUGACACUCAUAAUCUCAAAUCCUAAAAAGCAGGCUGAGAUUUUUGUAGAGUGUUUAAUAGAAAAAUAUUCCUCCUUACGCACUCUAAAACAUGUGAUAGCAUACUGUCAGCACUUUAUUAAAAAUACCGAUUUAAAAAACAAAAAGCAAAGGUCGUUGAGUCCUCUGUCGAAUGAGGAACUCGACGCAGGAAUUAUAAGGGUAGGGGGUAGAAUCGAACAUGCCAACAUACCACAAGGUCAAAAGCAUCCCAUCGUUCUCCCUCAUACUCACCAUAUCACUACGUUAAUCAUUCGCGAAGAGCAUAUCAAAAGAAAGCACGCCGGUGUACAAGCAACUCUCUAUGGCGUUAGAGAGUCGUUUUGGCCUAUUGACAGCCGCAAUACCACGCGUCGCAUAAUUCGACGUUCUGUCCGAUGCUUUCGAGUAAAGCCUCGUGGAAUUGACUGCAUAAUGGGAAGUUUGCCUGAAAAACGACUGACAUAUUCUUGUCUCUUUCUACACGUCGGAGUAGAUUACUGCGGUCCUUUUUACAUUAAAGAGAAACGGCAUCGAAAUCGCGGAAGGGAAAAGGUCUACGUUUCCAUUUUUGUUUGCUUCACAACAAAGGCCGUUCAUUUGGACCUAGUGUACGGGUUAACAACUGAGGCCUUUCUCGAUAGUCUCUCGAAAUUCUUUUCUCGUCAAGGAAAGGCUAUUACAGUCCAUUCUGACAAUGGAACGAAUUUUGUAGGUGCCAACAAGGAGUUGAGAGAUCUCUAUGAAUUUAUUCAAAAAACCAAACACGAUCCGGAUGUUAAAAAAUUCCUUUCAAACGAAAGAAUGAACUGGAAUUUCAAUCCUCCAAGUUCACCACACUUUGGCGGCCUCUGGGAAGCGCCCGUCAAAUAA